AAAAAUAGCAACUCUAGUCUUAAUUUUGCCUCCAAAACACACACACAAACAUUCAUCAAAUGGCAACCUCCAAUGAGUUUAAGGCUUUCUCCAAGGCUUUAUCAGGUCAUUACAACACAAGUGGUCAACAAACAGCAACCUCUAAUGAGUUUAGAGCUCUCACCAAGGCUUUCUCAGGACUUGGAGUUGAUGAGAAGUCAUUCAUAUCAAUACUGGGAAAGUGGGACACAAAGCAAAGGCAAUUCUAUAGGAAGAACACUCAAGAAUUCUUCAAAGAGGAUGAACGCCAAUUUGAGAGAUGGGAUGAAGCACAUGUUCUCCAAAUUCGCCAAGAGUUUUUACGUCUCAAGGAUGCAGUGAUGGUGUACACAAUGCAUCCAUGGGAGAGAGAUGCUAGACUGUUUAAGGAGGCAUUGGUGAAAGAAGGUCAACCUCAACUUCAUAUUAUUAUUGAGACUGCUGCCACUAGAUCUUCUGAACAACUUUUGGGAGCAAGAAGGGCUUAUCAUUCCCUCUUUGAACACUCCAUCGAGGAAGACAUUGCCUCCCAUGUCCACUCUCCUCAAAGAAAGCUUUUAGUAGCCCUGGUGAGUUCAUACCGUUAUGAAGGGCCAAAAGUUAACGAAGAACUUGCAAAAUCUGAGGCCAAGGAGUUCCUAAAGGCAAUUAAAGAUGGUGGAAAGAAGGAGUUUAUUGAAGAUGAAGAAGUUGUGAGGAGAUUAUCAACAAGAAGCAAGCUCCAUCUCAAGGCUCUUUAUGCCUAUUACAAGGAACUCAGUGGCAACUAUUUGGAUGAGGACCUUGGUGGCAGCUUGGUUUUAGAACAAACAGUACAAUGCCUUUGUACACCUCAAACAUACUUCAGCAAAGUUUUGGAUGCAUCACUGAGACUAGAUGUGGAUGAACCAGCCAGAGACUCAGUGACUAGAGUCAUUGCUACAAGAGCUGAUGAAGAUAUCAACCAAAUUGCUGAAGAGUUUGACAAGAGAUUUGGAACUACUCUGACUAACAAGAUUGAGGAAAUUGCUAAUGGAAGUUACAAGGAGUUCUUGCUUACUUUAGUUGCUAAAUCAGCCUAAUUUCAGAUUAUGUAGUACUUUGGCUGAAGAAUUUUCUGAUUGAUGAAUGUUUGUGUUUUAUGUGUGAUGGUUGUAUUUCCUUGGCUAUCUACUUUUGUGUUUUUUCCUAGUUUGUAAGACUUGUGUAUUUCCUUCUGCUGAAGAAUUUUAAUAUUAAAUAAGUAUUAGAUCCUUCCAAA